AUGGACUCGAUGUCUGGAAUGGCCGGCAUGAGCGGCAUGGGUGGCAUGGACAUGUCCAGUGCCGGAAUGUUCACGCCAACCAACAAGCACAUCGCCCAUGUCUACUGGUACAUUGUCGCCGCGAUUGUUGGAUUGCUCGUUCUUAAGAGAGUGGUAGACCGUCUCCGAUUACUAUUUGCGUCCAAAUCGAGUCGGCUUCGACCAGAAAGCGUCCCAUUCAGACCUGAAAAUCCCGUUGCGCAGUUCUAUGACACGCUCGUGGCCGUGUGCAGGGAGCUGGCUUACCCUCAGCUAUGGACAUUCAGUGGGACAUGGAGCAGAUACUUUACACCUCCCCCUCUGGGACGUUGUCUUAUGCUGCUGCUCUACUGGACUGUGAUCUUGACGAUGCUAUGGUCCAACACGAUUCUCGGACCGAACUCGCCAGACUACGCCUACAGAUGGGAAAUCGUGGGCUUUCGUGCAGGAUGGGUGUCUGUGACACAGUUACCUCUGAUUUACCUCCUUGCGGGGAAAGUCAACAUCAUCAGCCUCCUGACCGGCAUAUCCUAUGAGAGACUGAACUGGUUACAUCGAUGGGUGGCGCGGACGAUAUUUCUGACGGUGAUUGUCCACUGGUCGUACUUUUUCAGAGAAUGGGAUCUUGCGCAUUUCGUCAAGCUCGAGAUGGACAUGAUGCCGAUGGUCAAAUAUGGGUUCGGCGCUUGGGCCGUCAUGGGGUGGAUGAUCCUCACUGGCUUUGGGUUCUUCAGGUCAGCAUGUUACGAGGUGUGGCUGUUACAACACCUUGCGUCAGCCGUCGUACUUUUGUGGCUGGUCUAUGUCCAUGUGCCAUCGUAUGCCCGAUACAAUGUCUGGUUUGCAAUCGGUAUUGUUGUCUCUGAUAGACUAUUGAGGACACUGUUUUCAGUGUCCAUCAAUCUCCACCUACUCCCGACGAGAACAGCCAGGGCCCAGCCGACAAAAAGAAAAAGGUUUGGAUACGAGGCUGAAGUCAGAAGCCUUUCCUCCGAGUUCAUUCACGUCAGGAUCCUUGACGUCGACUUUUCCUGGCAGCCAGGUCAGCACGUUUACCUCACAAUCCCUCGAGCAGGGCUAUUUGAGGCUCAUCCAUUCACAAUCGCGAAUGUUCCAAAAUCAAUUUCUCACGAGGACGGACCCAGCGACAUGGAACUGUAUAUUCGUGUCCACCGAGGAUUUACGAAACGGUUGCACCGAAAGUGUCGAGGCCUACAAUCUUCACAAUCUUUCCUGGCUUUCAUCAGCGGGCCCUGGGGCACUCCGACGUCGAUUCGCCGGUUUGAAUCCUUGGUCCUUGUGGCUACUGGAAAUGGCGCCUCUUUCACAGUUCCAAUCUUCCAACAAGCAUUGAUGACGGAGUCACACCUCCGGCAAAUAUCUUUUAUCUGGAUCGUCCCAUACUCCCACCAGCUGGACUGGUUCAAACAACAGCUCCUAAUGGCUGCGAGUUUGGCUCACGCCAGGAACAUCAAAGUUGCAAUUCGUGUCUAUGUCACGCGUCCCGUACGAGAUGGCGAUCUUCCACUUUCGGAAAACAACCCUCUACUUGGAUGCAGCUAUGAACUGAAACCGCGGUUGGAUGUGUCAACCACUGACACCCAAGACAUCGAGAACCCGGAUAAAGAGGCACGGUUUUCCAACACAUCCACCUCUGCAGAAAAUGAUGGCGGUGACCAGGAAAAUGAAAACGAGGUAUCGUCGUCACAUUUGUCGACAGCAUCCGCGGAGCAAACUCCCAUUAUGGUGAACAACGGACGGCCGGAUUUGGAUCCAUUAAUUCGACCCGUAGUAGAAGAGGCUUGGGGUGAAACUGGCAUUUUUGCAUGCGGCGGCGCUCAGUUCACGGGACAGAUAAGAAACUAUGUAGCCAGCCUCUCUGACGAAAGGGCAGUACACAAAGGUACCGGUGCCCAAGGGUUGUAUCUGUUCUGCGAGACGUACGGAUGGUGA